UCCUGGGUGGGCGGGGGCCUCCAUCCCCUCAGACCGGUCAGGGGUAAUUGAGACUCCUAGGGUCCUGAUAGUCAGCCCAAGAAAGCUGUCAUUUAUUUCAUCAGAAACUUGCCAUGCAGUCUGAGCAGAGAACAGAACAGAGCAAAGACGCUACAACGCCUUGUCCCAGGCAAUGCGCAUGAUUCUGCGGCUCUAAGCUCGCCACACUUCAACGCACCUUGAAAUGGGCUCGCCUCCUUCGCGCCGCGAUGGGCGGACGGUUGAGCCAAUCAGCUUCCAGACUUGUAGGCAGUGUCCAAUAGGCAGACGGCAGAGGCGGGCCCGGAGGCCCGGCCCGGCUAGGCUUCACCAUGAACCUGGCUGCGCUCUGCCUCCGUUAGUAGUGCAGGUGCCGCUGCGCCGGGGCCGGGGAGGCUGCGCGCAGAGCCAAGCGGAGCCAGGGAGGGAUGGAGAGCGGACGGCCAGAGCUGCAGGAGCACCGGCGCGGGGCGUAGGCGGGCGAGAGGCGGGCGCUCGAGCACGAGAAGUGUGCGGGCGCAGGAGCACUUUGCGAUAGGAUGAGGCUCUUGGCUGGCGCGCGGUAGUACUAUGAUUUGGUAUGUGGCCACUUUGAUAGCAAGUGUGAUCAGCACCCGAGGUCUUGCGGCUCAAGGUGCCCACGGCCUGCGAGAGGAGCCCGAGUUUGUGACUGCACGAGCUGGUGAGGCUGUUGUUCUGCGAUGCGACGUGAUCCACCCAGUGACGGGACAGCCUCCACCCUAUGUCGUAGAGUGGUUCAAGUUUGGGGUCCCCAUCCCUAUCUUCAUCAAGUUUGGCUACUAUCCCCCCCAUGUGGACCCUGAGUAUGCAGGCCGGGCCAGCCUUCAUGAUAAAGCAUCUCUGCGGCUGGAGCAGUUGCGCUCCGAAGACCAGGGCUGGUACGAGUGCAAAGUGCUCAUGCUGGACCAACAGUAUGACACCUUUCACAACGGCAGCUGGGUUCACCUCACCAUCAAUGCCCCUCCCACCUUUACAGAAACACCCCCCCAGUACAUCGAGGCCAAGGAGGGUGGCAGUAUUACUAUGACCUGCACAGCUUUUGGGAAUCCUAAGCCCAUUGUCACCUGGCUCAAGGAGGGGACACUCCUCGGUGCUAGUGGAAAGUACCAGGUGAGUGACGGCAGCCUGACGGUGAUGUCAGUUAGUCGGGAGGACCGAGGCGCCUAUACCUGCCGAGCUUAUAGUAUCCAGGGGGAGGCUGUCCACACAACCCACCUGCUUGUCCAAGGGCCUCCUUUCAUCGUUUCCCCUCCUGAGAACAUCACCGUCAAUAUCUCCCAGGAUGCUCUGCUCACCUGCCGGGCAGAGGCGUAUCCCGGCAACCUCACCUACACCUGGUAUUGGCAGGAUGAGAACGUCUACUUCCAGAAUGACCUGAAGCUGAGGGUGCGGAUCCUGAUUGAUGGGACGCUGAUCAUCUUUCGGGUGAAACCAGAAGAUGCUGGGAAGUACACCUGUGUCCCUAGUAACAGUUUGGGCCGCUCCCCUUCAGCCUCAGCGUACCUGACUGUGCAGUACCCAGCCCGUGUCCUCAACAUGCCCCCUGUGAUUUAUGUGCCCGUGGGAAUCCACGGCUAUAUCCGCUGCCCUGUGGAUGCAGAGCCCCCUGCCACCGUGGUAAAGUGGAACAAGGAUGGCCGCCCCUUGCAGGUUGAGAAGAACCUGGGUUGGACGUUGAUGGAGGAUGGCUCCAUUCGAAUUGAGGAGGCCACAGAAGAGGCUCUUGGCACUUACACGUGUGUGCCUUACAACACCUUGGGGACCAUGGGCCAGUCUGCUCCUGCAAGGCUUGUCCUGAAGGACCCCCCGUAUUUCACGGUGCUACCAGGCUGGGAGUAUAGGCAGGAGGCUGGCCGGGAGCUGCUCAUCCCCUGUGCAGCUGCAGGGGACCCCUUCCCUGUCAUCACUUGGAGAAAGGUAGGGAAGCCCAGCCGAAGCAAGCACAGCGCCCUACCCAGUGGGAGUCUCCAGUUCCGCGCCCUGAGUAAGGAGGACCAUGGGGAGUGGGAAUGUGUUGCCACCAACGUGGUCACAAGCAUCACUGCCAGCACCCACCUCACCGUCAUCGGCACCAGCCCCCAUGCCCCGGGCAGUGUCCGGGUCCAGGUCUCCAUGACAACUGCCAACGUGUCCUGGGAGCCAGGCUAUGAUGGAGGCUACGAGCAGACAUUCUCAGUUUGGUACGGACCUCUGAUGAAGCGGGCACAGUUUGGGCCCCAUGACUGGCUGUCCUUGUCGGUGCCACCGGGCCCCAGCUGGUUGCUGGUAGAUACCCUGGAGCCUGAGACUGCAUACCAGUUCAGUGUCUUGGCCCAAAACAAGCUGGGAACCAGCGCCUUCAGUGAAGUGGUCACUGUGAACACUUUAGCAUUCCCUAUUACAACUCCAGAACCUCUGGUGCUGGUUACCCCACCAAGGUGCCUCACAGCCAAUCGGACCCAGCAGGGUGUGCUCCUGUCCUGGCUCCCACCUGCCAAUCACAGCUUCCCCAUUGACCGCUACAUCAUGGAGUUCCGAAUUGGGGAGCGCUGGGAGAUGCUAGACGAUGCCAUUCCAGGCACCGAUGGAGACUUCUUUGCCAAGGAUCUGUCACAGGACACCUGGUACGAGUUUCGGGUAUUGGCCGUCAUGCAGGAUCUCUUCAGCGAGCCCAGCAACAUUGCGGGAGUCUCCAGCACAGAUAUCUUCCCACAGCCGGACCUGACUGAUGACGGGCUGGCCCGGCCUGUGUUGGCUGGGAUUGUGGCUACCAUCUGCUUCCUGGCAGCUGCCAUACUGUUUAGCACUCUGGCUGCCUGCUUUGUCAACAGGCAGCGCAAGCGUAAGCUAAGGAGAAAGAAAGACCCUCCACUCUCCAUCACUCACUGCAGGAAGAGUCUUGAGUCUCCUUUGUCCUCUGGCAAGGUGAGUCCAGAGAGCAUCCGUACGCUCCGUGCACCAUCUGAGUCCUCUGAUGACCAGGGCCAGCCUGCAGCCAAGAGGAUGCUGAGCCCUACCCGGGAGAAGGAGCUGUCCUUGUAUAAGAAGACCAAGAGGGCCAUCAGCAGCAAGAAGUACAGUGUGGCCAAGGCUGAGGCUGAGGCUGAGGCUACCACCCCCAUUGAACUGAUCAGCCGUGGUCCUGAUGGCCGCUUUGUGAUGGAUCCCUCCGAAAUAGAGCCCUCCAUGAAGAGCCGACGCAUCGAGGGUUUUCCCUUUGCUGAAGAGACAGAUAUGUACCCUGAGUUCCGACAGUCAGAUGAGGAGAACGAGGACCCGCUGGUGCCCACGUCUGUGGCUGCUCUGAAGUCACAGUUGACCCCUCUGUCUUCCAGCCAGGACUCCUACCUGCCACCACCAGCAUACAGCCCUCGGUUCCAGCCCCGUGGGCUGGAGGGCCCAAGUGGCCUUGGAGGUCGGCUCCAGGCCACUGGCCAAGCGCGGCCUCCAGCUCCCCGGCCCUUCCACCAUGGCCAGUAUUAUGGGUACCUCAGCAGCAGCAGCCCUGGGGAGGUGGAGCCACCGCCCUUCUACAUGCCAGAAGUGGGCAGCCCCCUGAGCUCGGUCAUGUCGUCCCCACCUCUACACACUGAGGGGCCUUUUGGCCACCCCACCAUUCCUGAGGAAAAUGGAGAGAAUGCUUCCAAUAGCACGCUACCCUUGACUCAAACACCGACAGGAGGGCGCUCCCCUGAGCCCUGGGGCCGGCCGGAGUUUCCCUUUGGGGGUCUGGAGACCCCAGCCAUGAUGUUCCCCCACCAGCUGCACCCGUGUGAUGUGGCGGAGAGUCUGCAGCCCAAGGCCUGCCCACCCCGAGGACUGCCCCCCACCUCCCUCCAGGUGCCUGCAGCCUAUCCAGGCAUCCUGUCUCUGGAGGCACCAAAGGGUUGGGCAGGCAAGUCACCAGGCAGGGGCCCUGUCCCAGCGCCCACAGCCUCCAAGUGGCAAGACAGACCUAUGCAACCUCUGGUCAGCCAAGGGCAGCUAAGACAUACCAGCCAAGGUAUGGGCAUACCUGUGUUGCCUUACCCCGAGCCAGCAGAGCCGGGGGGGCACGGUGGCCCCAGCACAUUUGGCCUGGAUACCCGGUGGUACGAGCCCCAGCCCCGGCCCCGGCCCAGCCCCCGGCAGGCCCGGCGUGCCGAGCCCAGUUUACAUCAAGUGGUGCUACAGCCCUCCAGGCUCUCACCUCUGACCCAAAGUCCCCUCAGCUCCCGCACUGGCUCCCCUGAGCUGGCUGCCCGCGCCCGGCCUCGCCCGAGUCUCCUACAGCAGGCCGAGAUGUCAGAGAUCACCCUGCAGCCACCGGCCGCGGUCAGCUUCUCUCGCAAGUCCACGCCGUCCACUGGCUCCCCUUCUCAGAGCAGCCGCAGUGGGAGCCCCAGCUACCGGCCUGCUAUGGGCUUCACCACACUGGCCACAGGCUACCCCUCCCCUCCACCGGGCCCUGCCCCUGCAGCGCCUGGGGACAACUUGGAUGUGUUUGGGCAGACACCUUCCCCUCGUAGGAUGGGGGAGGAGCUACUCCGGCCAGAACCCCCAACAACGUUACCUACUUCAGGAAUUCUUCCACCUGCAUCCGGGAAUGCUGCUGCACCUGAGAGGCUGGAGGCUCUGAAAUACCAACGGAUAAAGAAGCCCAAAAAGUCAUCCAAGGGCUCUUCGAAGUCAAAGAAACGAUCCGAUGGUUCUGCCUCCCAGGCUCAGCAGCUUCCCAGCUCUCAGGUUCUGUGGCCUGACGAAGCUGUCUGCCUCCGAAAGAAGAAGAGACACUCUCGUCCUGACCCUUUUGCCCGGCUCUCUGACUUGUGCCACCGCCAGCUUCCAGAAGACCAGACGGCUAUCCUCAAUAGCAUGGAUCAUGACGACCCAGGCCAUGCCACUCUGCUAUGACUCUAACCUCUCUAAGUGUCUCCAGGGCAGAGUUCUUGAGGGGCAGGGAGGGAUAUCAUGUGGGGCCUUGUUCUUCUCUGUCCACCAAGGGGUGACCUAGACCGUUGCCAUGUGUGCUCCCUGUCCUGCCAAAGUGAACUUCUCCCCCCAGAUCUGGCCAGCUGGCAUUGUCCAUAGGAUGGAGAGCUGCGGGGGGUCGGGGGGAGCAGACUGCUGCUAUGGGUCUAAGUAAGGGAGUGUGUGAGGAAGAAGACAUCUGUCUCUACCCCUACCUCUCCCUCUUCACUAAAUUUUUUCUUGCUUCUUCAAGUGUCUUUGGAAGUGAAGAAGAGGAAAGCAAUGGCUUUUUACCACUCUCUGCUUCUGUUUCAGUUUUCUGAGUCCUGGGAGAGGGCUGGACUUCCACCCCAUCUUCCAAACUCCACAUAUAUAUAGAUAUAGAUACAAAUGCACUUGUAUGUAGUUGGUGGGUUUCUCUAUGUGUAUAUAUAUGUACAUUGAAGCAAAGUCUGUUUCUCUCUGUGGUCAGUGAAGGAAGGAAGGAAGGAGGGUAGUAGACAGCUAGGGUUUGUGAGUAGGGCUGGCUAAAAGCUGGCAGGAUGCCUUCAUGCUUGUCUAGGGAGAUUAUUCCUGCUGGAACAGGAUUCAUGCCUCUCAGCUGAAUUGUUCUCUUUAGCUUCUUUCAUCCAGAGAAUAAAUGGGCCCUACCAGAAUUAUCAGCUGCCUGCUUUUGGGGUUCAACAGUGAGCUACCACUGAACUAAACCAAGUCUUCAUUGCUUAGUUCCUGGGUAAAGAAAUGGUGGCCAGGCACAGGGCCAGCCUGGCAUCUUUCUUCCUUCCACAGUUUGACUUGUGCAGCAGAAGUAGAAGCUGCUUAGCGGUGGGGUCUACAGGCAGUCCUAGUGCACAAUCCUGAGCUCAUAUGACCAUCAGUCCCUUUUGGCCUAGUCAGGUCUGAGAGCCCUGUGGCCAAAGGGCCUCCCUUUCUGGAACCACCUGUGCUGUGCGUCAAGCUGUAGCAGCUCUAUUUAUAUCUGGCUAGGCUCAGCACUCUCUGGAGUUCUGCUCCACAGUCGCUGAUUGGCCCCUCCUUUCCUUUUGUCGUAGCUAAUUCUCCACAUUGAUUAAUUGCCACUUGUGGGAGAUGCCUGCGGUUCCUUUGCAUCCUUGCCACAUGCUGCCUGCUGACUCUGCUUUGCCCUAGGGGGUCUCCUCCAUCACCAGGACCCAGGCUUCAGUAGCAUGGGAUAAGAUGAAGUGAGGACGCCUCAGAUUGCUGACUUCUGUAGUGCUCUUUCCCCAGUUUUCUUGCAUUAAGCUGGCUGAUGCACAGGAAUGAAGGUGGAAGGGGUGGGAGGCAGAGAACUGGGCCCUCAUCCUUCCUCUGUCCAAACCUUGUCGUGGUUCAAACUAUUAGCACUCAGAAGCUUUCAUGAGGCCAUCUUCCUACUCAGAUGCAUCCCCCUCUUCCUGUAAGAUUAUGGUGCUGCCCAAGAGCAGGGCAGAGGACUGAAGGCUGAGUGAAGAGUGAGCAUGUCCUCACCUGCCCUCUUGUGCAAGAGUCCACCCUUCUGGCCUGGCCUAGAGUAAGGGAGCUGCCAGCUUCCUUGAAGUGUUUCCUUCUUGGUGCUGUCUUGGUAGGUCUGGGGACAUCUAACUCUCUCCAGUGACUUGCUUGGACAUUAGCCAUGUCAAAACACUAGAAGGCUUCUGCCAGUCUCAUUGCUGCUACCAAUGGCUCGGCCCAAUGACCUAGGCAAGGUGUGGCCUCCGAGGGCUGGGAAACUAAUACUUGUUGGAGCUUCCAUCUUGGGGGAUAGACUUCAUCUCUGCCAGCCAGGGCCUGGUGCUUCCUUCUCUCUCCUAGUGAGCUAGGGACCAGCUCCACCAUCAAGCCACACUACCACCACUGCUCAUUUCUGGGUAUGGGUCAAAGAGAUGCAGAAGACAGAAUUUCUGUUGCUCUGGAACUAGGCCAUGUGCCCUAGGGGUGGAACUAGAUUUUCUGGCUGAUGUACUUCUCUGAGGCCUUGGAGUUCAGUUGAUUACUGGGCAGCAGCUCUCACAAAGCAGAUGAGUACAGUUGGGUGACUCCUAGUGUUCUUUUUAGAGGCAGCACUACCUCUGCCACUGUGCCACGAUGGGCUGCUCACUGGAGCAUCUCUCCCAGAAUGUCAGGAGCAAGCCUACCUGAAAUGUCUGGGUGGGAUUUGAAGCCUCACAGUGAGCCAGCCUGUGACCUUUGUCUGCCUUCCUGUGGCGCAUCUGCCAGCAGGUCCUGGGAUGGAAUGUGAAUGUGGAGUGUCAAGACUGUUGGACUUUGGGAUGAAUUUAGCCAACUGUUCUGAAUACCCUCCUGGGAAUCCUGGCCCUGAUGCAGUCUCAGUCUUGAAGUUAGAAAAGAAGAGAAGUCGAGGUGUAAAGCUUUGCUUCUUUAAGAUGUCAUAUAGGGCAAAGAGCCAAACCUUGUGGGCCGAGGUGCCUCAGCCUGUGGCUGGGCUUGUGGGGGCCCGUGCUAACAAAGGUGCUGACUCUGUCCUCCUUUGCUUGCCUCAGGCAGUGCCUGUUACCUCAGACCAAACAGGGGAGCUGUACUUCUGGCUGCCACUGGGUGGUAGUUGUACUGUGGUGUCCCCAGUGCUGGGAAGGGACACAGGUCUACCUAUUCUGCAGAGGCCUCAGACUCAUUCUCUUCCCAAGAGGGCUUCCUUCUUGUGACAGCGUCUUUGGAGGCCAGUAGCUUUCCUGCAUCCUUGGGAGAGAUUUCAGUCCUUCCUUUGAUGAUUGCAAAGGAAUUGGCAGAUACAAUUCCCUCUGUACAUGGAUGGAAGGGCAAGUGUCACAGGUACACUUUUUAAAUGUUGGGUGCGGGCAUAUGUGUGACAGUCUGGUUGGGAAUGUGUGCAGGAUAGGGUGUAUCCAUUUCUAGGAACCAAUGUCCUUUGCAGUCUGCCUUUGAUUGCAGCAGUGACCACUAUUGAACUUUCUAGUACUUUUACACUUCUCUUUGUGGGACAUCACAUGUCUUCUAAACUUCUUCCUUUAAGGUCUGGUAGUCUUGCAGUAGAGGUAACCCAGAUAAAAGCCUAUCCUUGUGUCUCAGAUUUUUGUCUGCCUCUUCCUUCUGCUUCUUGGCUGGAAACAAUGACUGUUUGAACUUUUGGUGAUCCAUGGACCAGGGAGAAGGUAAAAUGAUUCUCUAAGGGGCCCCAAAGACUCAGUUGUUUAGGGGAAGAUGAGCACUGUGGAGGAGAAGGUGAAUCCUUCUUCUUGAUCAGUUGGCUGGCUACCAGUGCGUUUCAUGCUUUGAGUCUUGUGUGUGGAUUGUUAUUGGUGAUGGUGGGCCCUGAGUGCUGGCCAACCUACCUUCCUUCCAGAUUUCCUGGAGGGACUAGGAGUAGAAUGGGAAAGGCCUUCUGAGAUUUACCUUUCUCAACAGGAUGUCUGCAUUCCAGAUGGCUGGCAGGAUCUGAGCCCUCCUUCAAGGAGAGAUCUGGGUGGUUGGAUCAUGCCCUUGGGAGAGGUUAUACCAGGGGUAGAUUGGGUACUUGAGUACUUACCAAGUACUUAUGGAGAUUUUUCCAUUCUUUUUGUCUUUAAUUUUGAAUAGUGAUCUAAAAUAUUUGGGGUUGAAUGGAUUUCAGUGGUUUGUUCCUCUACCCUUUUCAUGAAGAGAAGACUGGGUAAGGUUCAAAUGUGGAACUUCCUUUUUUCCCUCCAUGGGAAAAUUGACCAACAGUAGUGUUGGGAGAGAAACAGACAUUGUGGAGCAUCAGGGCAUCUUUGUCUCUGCCCAGGGUUUGAAUCUGGGGCUGAUGUGUGUGUGGCUGGAGUUGUUUCCAAUUUUGUUAGUGAAAGCCUUUUGGGGCUGGGGGAAGGAGGGCUGGGAGAAGAAUUGUAGAUAAGUACAUUUUGUUAAUAUGCUGAAAACCCUAUAAAAGAAAAGCUAAUGGUUAAUCUUGGGCUUGCUUUGGUUGCAUGUAAAGGAUCUUUGGGGGGCACUGCAGGGAUUUUUGGGGGAACAGUAGGAAGGAGUCAAAGGGCAGAUGGGCAGGAACGAGGGGAGGUUCCCGAUGCUCUCUCUGGGAAUGUGAGCAUGGUUUGGCUCCACCUUUUGUGACUUCUCCAAAAUGAAGCCAGAGCAGAUUCCAGAAAGAUGGAGGCUCAGAGCCUUGCUGGCUGUGUUUAUUGCUUUGGGGAGAGGGCGCAUGGAGAAUUGUACUCCAAUUCUGUACUCAGUGCAAUAGCCAGUGGGGGCAAGGAUAUUUCAGGAAGGAGACUUAGAGAGUUGGACACUGAAUGGAGGCCCCAUCCUUUUUCAAGGCAUGUGACUGCAAGGGGCAUCAUGUUAGAUCUGUCAUGGAGUAGACAAAAGGGAUCCUGAGAUAACCUAGUAUGACCCAAACAGGGCAUCAAGUCUACAAUUCUCCUUGGAGCAUGUGACAAUUUAGCUACUCCUAACAGUGUAGUGUACACGUUAGGGGGGUGAGCAUGCCAAGGAAAUAAUGUGACUUCCUGUGGGCACA